AUGGAACUAGAACACUUCGACAUCGGUAUAAACCGAGUGGAGCUGAGAGACGAGAAGGUGUACUACGUCAUCCUAGUUCAGUACAAAGAUCUCAAGUAUGAAACCAGUAAAAGGUAUAGCGAGUUUGAAGAGCUCCACUGGGAGCUACUCCAUAUGGGUUUUUCAUCCCUGCCAAAUUUACCCAAGAAAAAAUUAAUGUCCUACAAAAACACAGAAUAUAUAAACUACAGAAAGAAGGUACUAAAUUCUUACAUGCACAAUUUAUUUAUCCGGGCGGAUGUAAGAUGUUGUGCUUUGUUUCUAAAUUUUAUUUUAUUUUACGACAAAAUUAAUUUGUCCGUUGAAGUCGUAAAAACCAAGCUUCUAAACAGCAUAGGAUCACAAAAAUUUUCCAUGAGCGAUUUGUACAUCAACGAAAAAUACAAUUUUAUCAUUUGUGUAUAUGAAGAUAAGAGUAAUUUGAGCAAGUUGGGAAAAUUGUGGUCUAUUAUUGAGCCAGACAUAGUGGGGGAAAUAAAAGUCUUCACUUAUAAUAACGAUUUGACAUCCACCUUUUGCGAAACGUACAAAGAACAAACCGUAUAUAAGGCUAGAAACAUCGUGUGUGCAGAAUCACAAAAUGAAGUUAUUAUAUCAGGGGAUGAUGGAAAAAUACACAUUUAUAAAAUUGACACACAGUUACUAACCCUAACUUAUAUAAAAAAUAUUCCUUGCCAUAAUGACACCAUUUUAAAAAUGAUGAAUUUCAAUGGUGACUUAUUUUGUACCUGCGGUUAUGAUAACGCCUUCAGAUUGUUCCGAUUUGGUGAUUAUAAAAUUCUGAGUGGAGGACGAUGCAAUAAACGUUUGGACAAGGAUAAAAUUACUACAUGUCACCUCCUCAACUAUAGUAAUAUUGUCCUUGGAACCGACUGUUCUGUUUUUUUUAUUUACAAUAUGAUGACCAAUCCUCCCCUUUACCUAGACACCAAGAAACUCAAAAAUGGAGAAAAAAUUAACUGCUUUGCAAACACGGAUAAGUACCUAUUUAUAGGUUACGAUAAUAUCAUUGCGUGUUACAAUUACCAUUAUAACAGUGAGGCAAAAAGGGGAGGAUGCCUAACCCUAAAUGAGACCUCAGAAUGUAUGCCUUACCAGGACCCACCUGUCGGUAGCUACACCGAUACGCAAAAUAAUGAAAAGCAGCCUCACCUCACCAAACUGGUAGUAGAUAAUAACAUGUCGGCACAGUACGUCCCGCCGUUGCUCUACGAUAAUACUGUCCUUUCCCUAAGUGUUAACAAAGAGAAAAAAGUACUCUACGCAGGGUAUGAAGACGCAAUUGUUAUUUGGUCCAUAACGAGUGGUCUGAUCAUUUCAGCUUUCCAUGGGCAUACAAACGGAGUGCACUUUUUAAAUUUUCUAAGCAGUUCAGGUUUCUUAAUCUCAGGGGGAGACGGGGGAAAUUUAAAAGUAUGGAAAAAUGACAUAGAUAAUUUUCAAAUAUGGAAACCGAAGAGGAAGAAUUACCAAACCAACGAAUCGGUAGGGAUUACCCCGCAAGCAGUAUACGCCGAAUCGGCCAACUACAAAAACAGUCAGCAUAACAAUUUCACAUUUAAUGAGAGCGAAGAUGGUGACGACCCUGAUAACAGAAGCAAUGCGCAAAGUGAGUCCAUGUGUAUUGACCACUUGUUAGGAGAAACGAACAAAAAAUACGAAUACCAAGUGUAUGAUACGUCAAACUACAAGAAAGACCUAAUUAACUACAAUGCAUCAACACAUAUAAACAGUGCUAACUCUUCAAGAAGUAAUAUUUUUUAUGAUAAAAGUGUGAGUAAUGUGCCUCAGGAGUUUGUGUCUGAUGCGAGCAACCUGGAUGUGUGUAUACUCACAAACCUGGAAGACAAAGGACGAAGCGGUAGCUACGACUAUAACGUUGAUGCAAAUUUUAACAAAUCAGAUAACUCCUUUCAUGCACCACUUUAUGACCAAGACUCUCAACAGAAUAAUGCGGAUUACUGCGUAGUAAACGAGGAUGUAAAGUUCGACCAUGGUGGGCAACAUGAGGAGCGGUACCAGCAUGAUCAGUGUAACGUGCGUGAUCAAAACGAUUACGGCGUGCCUCCCAUUGCUCGACAUGAAUACGAAGCCUCCUACGAGAAGGGGGGCUCGCAGGGUAAGAUAGAACAGGAUGAUUAUCACCAUAGGGAUGGUCACCAUAGCGUUGCGCACCAGAUGGAUGUGCAUGAAGCAAAUUACAAUAACGCCACUGACCCUCAAGCGCAACACAACUACGACGGGGUGGCACCUAAUUCGAUGGAUAUGAAUCACAAUGAGGACGACCAGUUCAGUAACAUAAAGAGGGAUAUCGUUUACGUCAGUGACGAGGACGAUGAUUUGAUUUCAGCCUUUAGGUAA